UUAUAUGUUAUAAUCUUAUUUCGGUAUAAUUUGUUUGCCAUCAAAUUGUGACUAGACAAGAACACUACCGUUUAAAUUAUUCUCUCUUUGAUCGUGAUAUAGUGAUUGAAAUAUAUCAGUUCAUUCUUUUCCUAUUUAGAAAAGUCAUCUCCUAAAAGUGUAUGGUAAAAACAAGCUAUCCAAUAGCAAGUUAAGGGCCCUGAAUGCCUUCUCAAAGGGCAAAGAUUUUGGCGAAAUCUCGCAUGAACUAAGCACCACAGCUAAAGUGUAUACAGUUGAUAUGUAUACCUCCGGUAAUAUCGUCACUGAGGGCUUAUUGGGACUUCUUGGAAUCCCUGAGGAGUCAUUCGAUUGUAUAUUCCUAAGACUACCUCAGUCCCUAAAUUCUCCUUCAACCAAAUUUGCUUUGUUCUGGCUUGAGUAAUUAGAGAGUCAUUAGAGAUGCAGCAAUGUUUGAAUUUUUGUUUUAUUGUAUGAGAAAAAUUCAAACAGUAAGAUCUACAACAACAAUAGGUGAGAAUUUCUAAGAAAUCAGUACAGCAUACCUCAAGUGUUUCGCAUCUUCUUUGAAGCUGAAUUCUGUCCCGGCAAAAAAUGCAAAUCUUUCGUUUUUGUUCUUUGUGUCCGGAACUACUAAAUCAGCUUAUACCACAGACUGAACUUCUCCUCGGCGUAAUUUGUUUGAAACAACUCUUUGAUGCUUGCAUCUCCAUGACCCCGCUCCGAGUGAAACAGCAACAACAAAGCUUCUUGAAGGGCAUAUGCUAUGGUUUGCCGACGAUGAAAUACUAUGAAAUUGAUUUGUAUACGAUAAAUAACUCUGACAAACUGUAAUAUAUAGAUUUCAGAGAUAUAAGGUAAAGAUCUCUGCUUUAGAUCUCCAGAUUCUCGCCAAAGUAGAUUUCCUCGAUCGCAAUUCCAAUAUGGCGUCACGCGCGGCUCAACACAUUAUUACAGCCACAAAACAGCCGCUGAAUUGCUGAAUGAGGCUUAUUUUACAAAGAAUUAAUUAAUACUUAAUUAUGUACAUAAAAGAGAAAUUAACACUUAUUUACAGUACACUCUGAAAUAAACAAAAACACAAACACACAUACAAAAGAAAACAAAAAACAGUACAGAAAAAAAGUGUCUAAUAAAAGAUUACAAUUUUAAUUACAUACACACGAACUUAAUUAAAGGGGGCAAAUGUCUUUUGGCCAUUUUUCAUAAAAGGUUUUUAAUUUAUUGUUCUUGGUGGAAAUAUAUUUUUCAACUUGGUAUUUAAUUCUUACUUUAAAUUUGAAACCUUCGAUGUUUUGGAAGCACCUGUUUCUUUCUGCAAUCCCAUAAAUACAAUUAACCAAUUAACAUCAGAUAAUUUAACAAGGGGCAUUUUGACAUCGUUAUUCCUUAUGCCCCUUACGUUCAAAGAAACUAAUUUAAAUAAAUCUGCCGUUUGAGUUGUGUUUUAUAAAAAUAAAUAUAUUGUUUGGGAUUAGUACUUUCCAAUGUUUAACAAAGCAUUCAAAAAGAGUAAAACAAAAGACAUCUUCUCCUCCAACUGAGAAAAUAGUAAAACAAAACAGAACACAUAGUACAUUUACAUAUAAGCUGACAUUAAACAAAAUUCUGAACAUCUAAGAUCAGAAUCUCAGAUGGGGUUCGCACUUACAAGAUUCUUAUACGCUCGUGGUAAUGUUCGUUCCUUAGUCCAUAAUAAAAUUUAACGACGACCAAAGUAAAAUUGGGUUGAUUUCUUUCAUGAAAAAAGUGUAGAAGAUCGUGGAUCAUGGACAAAACGUCAAGGUGAGCAAUGUCCAGCUUAGCCCGUUGGAACGAAUCAAAAUAUCAUUUGCCUGCUGUCCGUGUAAACUUAAUGUAGAACGGUCGCUGUUAUUCUCUUUAUUUUUAAAAAAGAUAAUUUUCAAUGUCUGCAUGUUAAUGGUGUUCUUACAUUCAGAUGAGUGACCGUGAUUGCUAAAUAUUUACAAAGCGAGACUGUUGCAGAUUUGUAUUAUGUCACGUGCUUUUGUAGCGUGUACGCGUGGAUACUAAUAAAGUAUAAGUUGCAUUUUGACUUUUUAGUGGUUUUUACUCCGCUGCUAAGGCCUUGUCAACUCCUCUACCAUGUAUCAUGAUUAUUGUAUUAUUGGAGCCUGCAUUUCUUUUUUUUGUACUAAGUGGUAGGCCAUUACCGGUAACAACAUUCUUUGUCUUUUCGAAGCCACCUUGCAGCCACUUUGCAGCGCAGAUCGUAAUUCGGGAAUUUUCUGCACCACUGCCAAAGCGCUGUUUAUCGCUGUCAAAGGGCUUUCCACUGCAGCCAAAAUUUGCGGCUGCUGCAGCCCAGUGCUUUUACAGCUCUUUUGUAGCGCUUCUUGAAGCCAUUCUGCAGCGCUGCUCGUUUCGUACGGGUUACUCCACCGACGUCCACAUGUUCAUCAUCUUCAUCCGUUUGCGACCCAUUUUCUCUCAGCCUUUUGCUCGGAUUCUUGUCCGCUUUGUACUUCCCCAUUUCUGGUUAUAUCUAUUUGUAGGUUUCCAUGACAGGUACGUUAUUAAAGCGUUUAGAACAGCAUAUCUGGUGGAGCUCACAAAAACACCUCCUACCUCCACGAGGUGCACUGCACAAGUCGUCUCUUGAUUGAGUGGCGCAUAGAACAAUGCUCAAAUUUGACCAAGAGACCAAGAUAAAGGGCAUGGGUAAGAAUAAGUCCAAAAAAGGCUUUUUUUUCUAUUUUUUCUCAGUUUUUUUCCAAGAUUUUUUGUUAUUAGCCAAUCAGAUGCCUCAAUUUAUUUGAAAUUAAAAAUUAAUAGUUCACAGCUUUUAAUUACUUUUACCGAUGGCUUGCCUGCCUCUUACACGGACCAUUACUUAAAUUUAUUGACCAGUAAUUCAAAGAUGUUUCAGGGUUUUAUGGUGCAGUAACUUUUUGUAUUAUUUCUGAGACCUUUUUGAAACAUGUAAAAUGUCUUUAUCACUAAUUUAAUUUAAAUGUAUAAAACAAGGACUUUGUUUUUACUUUUCACUGCUUCAGUUUCUUGGCUGUGUAAGAAAUUAUAUUAUUCUGACUGGCUAUAUGGGGGGGGGGGUUCUCCUUUGACAAUAUGAGGGACAUUAUUUCUUAAAACUUGCAGUAUUUAUUGUAACAAUUUUUUUCACACAAAAUGCCAAAGGUUAGCUGAUUAUAGCUGACUCAGCACUUUAAUAACCUUAUGUGAUUGUUGACUGAUGAUUUAAGAGUGCACGUGUUUCAGAGUAGGUAGGUAAAGUCUGCGUUCUAUCUAAGAGGCCCAUCAGGCUGGAGCUUAUCCUGAUUUCAGUAGCAUGAAGCGACUAGGAGUAUUUCUGCUCCCUCCAGGAUGGGGUGCUAGUCCAUUGCAGGGUGACCCCAGCAGUGAAUUUGCCAAUACCCAUUUAUACACCUGGGUGAAGAGAGGCACUGUGAGAGUAAAGUGUCUUACUUAAGAACACAACGCAGUGCCCUGGCUGAGGCUUGAACCCGGGCCGCUCAACCCGGAGUCCAGCACACUAACCAUUAGGCCACCACAACUCCUAGGGAGAAACAGAGAAUAACUGUUAAUUAUUAUGAGCCCAGUACAAUCUAAUGGAAAACUUUACACUUAGGGGUUAUGGAUACAAACAUAAAUUAAUUUUAAAAUGUAAGUAAUCCACCUUUUAUUAAAGGUGAGACAUAAGAGUUAUACUUUCAUUAUUUUAUAGUGCAAAAAAAUCCAAGCUGGUAGCCCCUGUGUCUGGUGUUGAUUCGCACCCUAUUAUCCAGAGCCUCAAGAAAGUACAAGAGUUUCUAGCAAAGAAUGAUGAUAAAGAGUAUCAUAGAUUUUACAAUGCAGGGUAUCUUAUGGAGCACAAAUACACUCCAAAGUCUCUCCAACCAAAGGUACUGUCGUUAUAGUUCUUUGCACUCCAACCAUAGAGCUUUUUCACUCAUCUGACAGGCAGCCAUUUUGGUUUACUGAAACAGAAGACUAACUUAGUAUCGGAGCACUGGUGGCCUUCCAUGCGGAGCCCCAUACCUAUAGAACCUAUGAAUUUAUUUUUGUAUGGUCAUCUUCGUCAGCGGUAAAUGGCUUUUGGGCGUGUACGUAGGACAACGACAACGUCACACAAUAUGGUGCCCAUACUUGUCAACUUAUUCAUUGCAUACAUCUAUGCAAUUUGAUAUUGGAGGUCCAUUUUAUGGUCAAUUGAAAGCUGUCAAAUCAAGGUAUCCGCUGACCAGUACCACAUGACCAUAUUGCGGGCUUAGGUUGGAACUCAUCGAGGUUAACUGUUUUUUUUUUUAAGUUGACUACUGACCAGGUUAUGGAUUUUUAUUGAAUCACAGGCUCAAGUAUUCCCCAAAUUAUAAGAACAAGCCAAACAACCGGUGCUCCUCUUUUAGGCUUGGCUAAAUCUAUAGAUGGUUUUCACAGUGAUGUCAUCAAAUUGUAAAGUCAAAAUAGCGAGGUUUUAGGAAUUCUUAUUUACACUAGGUUAUAGAUAAACAAAAAGCAAAUCUUUGUACAAGUUUCCAUUCCCCUAGCAUGUUUCGUUUGGAAAAUACAGCAAUUUGAACUUCCAAGUUUUCACUGUGCGUGACACCAAAGUAGGAAUGCUGUCUCGCUGAAAAAAAGUCUCUCCUCUUGAUUUUCAGCAGCAUAACCAUUUCAACUAUUAGAAGAUUUAUGUUUAUGCGCACGUAUGCUAGUUCUGGAGUGAAAAGAAAGAGCUUUUAUAGAAAAAGUGAACUCCAGAUGUUUUUGUUGAUUUCUGGCAGCCAUAUUGGUGCACUAAAACAGUGCACCAAUAUGGCGUCUCCAUACAAAGCUCUACAAAGGUACGUGAAACGUUUCGGCAAAUAACUCAGAAACUGUGAGCCACAAAGACCUGACACUUGGACAAAUUGUUUAUUAUUAGUCUUUUAUAACAUUUCAUUUUCUUGGCUUCUUCCACUGAACGGUUUUCAAUAUAAUUUUUUGUUGCGUGACAGUGAAAACCAUCUAUAUAUUAUUGAAUUAGAGUCCAUUUUCUAGAGGAGUUGGUUUGCUUGGGGGUGUUAAGGGGGGGCACUUCCUAGUAAUGGCUUACUGGGGAUGUACCCCUCAGGCUGGAUGGGGUUGCAUUUUCAUGACUGGAUCAACUAAAAUGGGGUUGCAUUUUCAGGCAUUUUUUAAUGGAGUCACACAUCUUUGGAAUUUUGGGAGUAAGAAAAUUCUGACAAGUGGGAACAGGAACAUAAGUGGUAAAAAAUUUGUUGCCAUAUUUAGCGCUGCUGUUUACGUAUUUAACAAACGGCUCCCAUAACAAUCUGGUCUUGCCCAAAAAUGACUAUUCCACACCUGUCAGAGAGCAAUUAAAGAAGCUGAAAACACCUCUCAGUUUUUAGGGAGCUGCAUGGAUUUUAACCAGUGAUUUGAGUUAGAACACCUGUUAUAGGCACCGGAACUCCAGUAAGUACUCUCAUCUGCCAAAUUGCUGGAACAGAUUAUCGAAGAAUUUUUUUGCCACUUUUCAAAUUUGUUUGUAUAUUGGAUAAGAUGGUCGGAUCCUGGUAUCAAGGACUGUCUUUUACUUCAUUGACAUCACCUACUGAACUUAUGGCAAAGUCUGUAAGCAGGACUCUAGGCUAACUAGCAUCACCCAGGUGCCACAGGCAACUAAAUUUUGCUAUAGGCACCCUGUUAUUUUUCCAAGACCAAUUGCUUAAUCAUUGUAUGACAUUCCUCCUUUUCCUUUAUGUUCAGAACCUGAAGGGCAAAGAUGCAUUUGUCUAUCAACUACUUUCUGAAGCAAAGUUUGAAGUAAAACUAUCAGCCAUCGAUGUCCGUGUUGAUGGAUGUGGAAAUGAUGAUGAUGGAGACGAUGAUCUUUGUGACAUUGAUCUUGAUUUGAUGGAUGAAAUUGGAGGCGGGGUGCAUUUCUCAGAACUUGAUCUGGCCACUGCCAUUGAGAAGGGAGCCAGCUGGUCCAAAACGCCAUCUAGGUACCUACUGACUCUAGCAAUGAUAAUGAUCACGAACAUAACAACUUCAGCCACGAUGGCAACGAUUAUUAGUAUUAUUAUUAUUGUUAUUAUUAUUAUUAUGCACAACAACUUAACCAAUUUAUUAGUAGAUAUUGAAAGCAGUGAAUGAAUUUGUUAGUACUUACAGGGACGGAAACUUAAGGCAAUCGCGCUAAUUGUUUCUGCGCAUCCCUACUGCGCACGUCAUGCAUCAAGCUUGUGCGCUGAGAAAACUGUCUAAGCACAUAUAGGGCUGGUAGCCGCUGCGGUAACUUCGCUUGCAAUUUACUUUCUCAAAUGGUCGGUGAUACCCCAUUUUUUUUCGGUAGACCACUUUCUCUUCCACUUUCCGAUAGAUUGUGAAAAAACAACAAUCAAUGUGGGACAGUAAAAAAAUUCCAAUUUUUCUGUGUACGCGGCGUCGAAUUUUGGUGUUCAUGCGGCUGUUAGGAGAGUAGAAAUGUGUCUGCUAAAUGAUAAAAUCAACUCUGAGGAAGUUUUUUACUUCACCGAAUUUUGUUUAUGCAACCACAAGAACAAUAAUUGGGAGGUAAAAUUUCAAUUCAGGGAUUUAUUUGUAAACUUUUUGCACAAACAGGCACUUUAUCCGUAUGCAGUAACGAAGCCCAAUUUCUCAGAUUUUGGGUGAUCUUUUAAACAUCGAAACAAAUUUGGUGACCCCCCAAUUUUUUUACAUUUUGGACAUGAGUAACCCAUAAUCUCAACUCUAAGAAGAUUUUUGUGCGAACAUCCUUAAUUUUGACAGCACUUGCCAUUAGGCAAGUGCCAUUAAUAGAUGCAACCAAAAGGCUAAGAUUUGUACUCGCCCAAGUAGUAUUGACACUUGAGUGGGUGAGUGCUAAUUUCCAACCCUGACUUAUUGUUGUUUCACUUACAACAAGUACAAUGAUUUUGAGUGCAUACGGCAAGACAAAAUGGGUAGUUGCAGUUACAGAGGUGUCAACUAUAAGAAGGUCUGUUUCAGAAGAAAAACAAAAUUCUUUGAGAAAUCUGAAGAUUUUGCCAGGAAUUGGGAUACUUGGGGAAUUUUGGGAGAGUCAUGACGUAAUUAAGUCAAACAUUUGGGAAAUUUUAGAUUUUUUGAGAAUAUCUCCAAAAAUGUGGGACAAUAUUAGAGAUUUUCAGGAUAACUUUUUUUUGCAUGUGGUACUGCUCAAGCAGCAUUUAUUAGAGCUGUCCCCCAUUAGUUACGAUCUGAUAUGUAAGAAAGACAUUCUGUAUCUUAAAAUAACCACUGAAUAGUCAAUAAUAAAUUAUGUUGCUAUCUUUCAGGCCUAUGGAUUAUGUACACUGGCUUGUCAAUGAUAUCAGAAAAUAUGCCCACUCCUUGAAGAAAGUCGACAGCCAAAUCCGUGGCACUGGUAACGAGGGAUCUGACUGGCAUACCACCUACAUGACAUCAGCUCUUGUAGUCCAGCUUUGCAAAGACCCUAAGAUAGGCACAAAGAGAAAGUUUUCCCUGGAGCAUACCCACCGUCCGUACCCCUACUGUGGACCUUAAAUCACUGCUGUGGAUAUUGGCUCUUGUAGCCCAUUCUUUUGUAAUGGAUUUGAGUGCAAAGAAUCCACUUAUAACUGCAUUUUCAAUUUUUCUUGUUUAUAGCAUACUUUGAAUUACAGUGCAACUACUGUUACUGGAGCAGCCAGACA